AUGGAGGCCGAGCCAGCCUCGGACUUGUCGAUGCUUCGAGAACUGCUGGCGCCAGCGCCGCCCUGUCUGGACCCCGAACCGCCCCCGGAACUCCCCACCCAGCAGGCACCAAGGACCCCAGGAUGCCUCAGACCCAGUGGCAGGUCCUUCUGGCCUGCACACCAGGACUCGGUCACCACCCUGCACUUCCUCCAAGAGACAGCAGAGGGGCUGGCCCAGCCCCCCACCUGGGACACCCAGGCCCUAGGGCCCUGCUGGGAGCCGAAGGCCCUGGAGACUCUGGGAGCCCUACCUCUGGCCAAGGAUGCCAAGAACAUGCUGACCCCAGUCAGCCAGCAGAGCCCCAGCCUGGGGCCCCGAGUGGCUCCCCCGGCCUCUUCAGCCCAGCCACAGAGGAGACCACGGAAGCAGUCGAACCCCCAGCGGGGCGCCGAGCAAGUGGACCCCCGGUUCGAGGGGGUGACCCUGAAGUUUCAGAUAAAGCCAGAUUCCAGCCUACAGAUCAUACCCACCUACAGCCUGGCCUGCAGCACCCGCUCUCAGGGUCCCCCGCCAGGCCCUGCCAGAGGCCCAGAGGCCAACGCAGGAGGCAGCGAGGCUCUGGGGCCCCGACGCUGUGCUUCCUGUAGGACCCAGAGGACCCCACUCUGGAGAGAUGCCGAAGAUGGGACCCCGCUCUGCAAUGCCUGUGGUAUCAGGUACAAGAAAUAUGGCAGCCGGUGCUCCAGCUGCUGGCUGGUGCCCAGGAAAAGUGUCCAGCCCAAGAGGCUGUGUGGCAGAUGUGGGGUGUUGCUGGGUCCCCACCCAGUCCCAACUCAGGAAGGGUAA